CCACUUGACUUGUUCACCAUCGAGGCCUCCACGGCCUGCACCCCGCAGCCCAUCAUGCGCCUAUUCGCCUCUCUCCUCUCGCUCUCUUUCCUCUCCUCCGUAGCCAUCGCCGCCGACGCCAAGAAGCCUGCGACCGACAAUCCCGCCACCGAUGGCACCGUCUUCAACGACAAGCCCGUCCCGCCCAUAACGGAGCUGAGCGGAUCUACCAUAGACAAAGAUAUCGCCGAAGGCAACUGGCUAGUCGAGUUCUUCUCUCCUUACUGCUCCCACUGCCAGGCUCUUGCGCCGACGUGGCAAACUCUCUACGAGUUCUACUACACUUCCGACCCUCUCCCCGCUUCGUCAGACAAGGAAGGCGAUUCGCUGAACACCUUUACGCGCUACUAUGACUUCCACUUCGCCAAACUGGACUGUGUCGCCUUCAGCGACGCCUGCGCCGCCAAGGAUAUCCACUCGUUCCCUACCAUUAUGCUUUUCAAGGACGGCAAACUAGUCACCAAGAAAGUGGGCGCCAACAAUAUGAAAUUCUACAGCGACUGGAUUGAGGAGACCCUCGAGACCAUCCGGCCCGGCUCCAGGCCAAAGGAAGGCAUCAAGCUCCCCAAGAAGGGCGACCACAGUGUUGAGACCAACGCCAAGCCCGCCGUCAACGAGGCCAAGGACAAGAACCCAGAGGGUGGCAAAGCGGCAGCAGCUAAGCACAACGAGGUUGCCACCAAGGUCGCCGCGUCAGAGAAAUCCGAAGCCACGAAGGCAACAAAGGCAAAGGUCGACCACAACCCGCUAGGCUCAUCGAUUCCGCUUACCGCCGAGGGGUUCCAAAAGCUUGUCACUACCACUCAGGAUCCGUGGUUUGUCAAGUUUUAUGCGCCCUGGUGCGGCCAUUGUCAGGCUAUGCACCCGAACUGGGUUGCUAUGGCGCGUGAAAUGAAGGGAAAGCUCAAUAUUGGCGAGGUCAACUGCGACGUUGAGAAGAGGCUUUGCAAGGACGCCCGCGUUAAAGGUUACCCUACGCUCCUGUACUUCCGCGGCGGCGAGCGUGUUGAAUAUGACGGUUUGCGCGGUGUUGGCGAUCUUCUCGCCUUUGCGAACAGCGCGUACGAUAUUGGUGACGGUGUCCCUGAUGUUGAUGCGAAGGCUUUCGAGGAAAUGGAAAAGACGGAAGAGGUGAUCUUCCUCUACGUUUAUGACCACGCGACUACCACCGAGGAUUUCGCGGCUCUGGAGCGCCUCACACUUAGUUUGAUUGGCCACGCCAAAAUGGUCAAGAGCAACGAUCCCGCUUUGGCUAAGCGCUUCAAGAUUUCCACCUGGCCACGUCUGCUUGUUAGCAGGGAUGGAAAACCGACCUACUACACGCCCAUCUCACCGAGGGACAUGCGUGAUGUUCGUAAGGUCCUUGGUUGGAUGAAGACGGUCUGGUUGCCUAUCGUCCCUGAGCUUACAGCCACCAACGCUCGCGAAAUCAUGGAUGGCAAGCUCGUUGUGUUGGGCAUCCUGUCCCGUGAGCGUAGUGACGAGUUCAUUGUUGCCAAGCGCGAGAUCAAGAACGCCGCAAUGGAGUGGAUUGACAAGCAGACACACCAGUUCCAACUCGAGAGGCAGGAACUGCGCGAUGCCAAGCAGCUGCGGAUCGAAGAGGCGGAGGACCGGAAUGACCAGCGCGCAUUGCGGUCGGCCAAGAGCAUCCACAUCAACAUGGAUGAGAUUGAGCGCAAAGAAGUUACCUUUGCCUGGGUUGAUGGCGUGUUCUGGGAGCGCUGGAUUAGGACCACUUAUGGCAUUGACGUCAAGGAUGGAGAGAAGGUUGUUAUCAAUGACGAGGAUAACCGCCGCUACUGGGAUCAGACUUUCACCGGUAACCCGAUUGUUCCCAGCCGCACCUCAAUCCUAGAGACCUUGUCCAAGGUUACUCGUAAUCCUCCGGCGCUUCAGCCCAAAUCUACCAUUGGUGCUUUCAGCCAUGCUCUUUUCAGCAUGAAGCAGGCACUGACGGGCCACCCCAUUUUGUCCAUUAUUGUUAUUAUUAUCGUUGUCGGACUGGGAACUUACCUCGGCCGUGGCAAGCUUCGGAGAACGGGCUACUUCACGGUCGGCAACGAGAAGGAUGGUAUUCUGGGUGUGCCCAACGGAGGAGGCAAGACGGACUGAUGGGUACGCGUUACGGUUUCGUUUUGGCACUGGAUAGGUUGUAUUGAAAAACAACUGGAUGUACUGAGCGUUUGAAGGUAAUAGGAUGGGUUUUAGGCGUUUACUUUGCGGAUUCACGAUCAAGGGUUCCUUUAGCAAGCAUGUUGUCUGUCUAGAUACCUGUAGGCAGAGAAAGAUAUGGGUUGUCUUCUCACGAGCAUCAU